AAACCGACCAUUUCACGAGCUACAAAUUCACGAUAGUUUAGAGCAUCUGCGUUCAGUUCUAAUUAUAACUCUCGGAUUCGAUUUCACAGAAGGGGCGGAUAUUAUGCUUUUUUUUCCUCUGUAGAAGCUGAUGCGGUGUUGUAUGCAUUACAUACCGCGGUUGUUGCUGCAAGUUUAGCUGCUGACCACGAGAUAUCACUGCAGGAAAACAAUUUGAUGAUAAGAGCAUUCUUCCCGAUAGUGCAGUGAGGUAGAGAAAGAGCGACCCUCCAGGAUGAUUUUCCAAUUUUUUCUUCUCCUGGUGCUUGGUCACACGACAUCACACUUCAUCAUAAAAAAACCGGACUCAUGUGUGUCCGUCCUCCCGAGCCACAUAAUAAAUGAAAUCGAUAAUUAUCAGCCCGUGGUCAACAGAAUUAUUGAUGCAGCGAUAAACGGCAGCUUCAAAGGAACUACGUGGAAGGAGCUGGCAGUCUUUGUCGAUGAUUUUGGCCCAAGAUUUACGGGCACUGAAACUCUGGAGCGUGCGAUAGACUAUGUUCUUGAUAGAUCAAAGUCGCUAGGGUUGGAAAAUGUCCAUGGGGAGGUGGCUCCAGUCCCUCGGUGGAUCAGAGGAAAAGAGUCCGCAACCCUCCUAUCACCCCGUAAAAAAGACCUGCGAAUGUUGGGACUGGGUUACAGCGUUGGAACUCCUAAUAAUGGCAUAACAGCGGAUGCCAUUGUCGUUAGAAGUUUCGCUGAGCUGAAAAGACGAGCUGACGAGGUACCCGGAAAAAUAGUAGUUUACAAUCAGGACUUCGUGUCUUACGGGGAAACUGUGAUCUAUCGAUCUUCCGGUGCCAGUGAAGCCGCUAAACUCGGAGCCGUUGCUACCCUGAUCAGAUCAAUUACUCCAUUUUCAAUUUAUUCACCGCACACCGGAAUGAUGAAUUAUGAAAUGAAUAUUACGAGAAUUCCCGCGGCUUGCAUCACGAUUGAAGACGCUGAAUUUCUGGGGAGAUUGGCAGCUCGAGGAAAAAGAAUCAGCAUUUUGCUGAAGAUGGAAGCGCAUCAAUUGCCGGAUGUGCAAUCUCGAAACGUAAUCACUGAGAUAGUUGGCAGCACCAAGCCAAGCAAAACGGUGGUAGUAUCGGGUCAUAUUGACAGUUGGGAUGUUGGCCAGGGUGCAAUGGACGAUGGUGCUGGUGCUUUUGUAUCCUGGAAUUCAUUGUUACUCCUAAAAGCCCUAAAUCUUCGUCCUAAGAGAACUAUAAGGGCCAUCAUGUGGACGGCUGAGGAAAUGGGAAUUGUCGGUGCGGAUUACUACAUCAAGCAGCACAAACACGAAGAGGCGGAUCUUCAGUUCGUUAUGGAGUCUGACUAUGGUACCUUCACACCUUUGGGACUAGAGGCUAAUGGUGCACCUGCUGUUGUAUGCAUUCUUCAAAGGAUUAUGAAGCUUUUGUCGGUUAUGACUCCGUUGAAGGUUCGAACCCCGGGGACGGGGCCUGAUAUUGGGGGUUGGAUCGACGCUGGAGUACCAGGCGCAUCCCUGUGGAAUGAUGCAGAGAGGUAUUUCUGGUUUCAUCACAGCGAUGGUGAUACUAUGACUGUAGAGGAUACCGGAAGUCUGGAUAUGAUCACUGCUCUUUUCGCAGCUACCUCCUAUAUCUUGGCGGAUAUUAGUGUCGAUAUGCCGAGGCAGUACUCAGGGCUGGAAAGUGAAUCCAGGCGUUGAUACGACAAUCGUUGGUUUUUACUACUUAAACUAAAAUUUUGGAGAUUAAUAAAUUAUGGAUCAUUAUCCAAAGUCGGUUUUUUCAUGUAGUUGUGGGAAUCAUAGGUGUGGAUUUCAAUAUCAAAUAGCACAAAAUCGAAAAGAUGUGUCUUCUGUUCUUCAUGGAGUCCGACUAUUAUAUCUUAAAACCUCCGGGGUUAAAGGCUAAGGGCGCACCCGUUAUCCGUUAUAGUAUUCAAGGGAUUAUGAAGUUAUUAUCAAUUCAUUUUCACUGCUUUCAUCCACGUGGGAUUUAAAUUUCAAAACUUUUCUAUUCAUUUGGUUUUAUGAUGAGAGCAGUAAUUACUGACUUUCAUCAGUUAUGUCUCCGUCGGAGGUUUGAACACCAAAGGCCAAGGGGUAGAUGUAAAAUUUUGUAAAUGAAAAAAAUGAUGAAAAUUGUUCAACUGAUGAUAACUCUUUAUCUAAAA